AUGGCCCAGGGCAAAGUCAAGGCAUAUGAGCUUCAGUCCAAGUCCAAGGCGGACUUGAGCAAGCAGCUUGGAGAACUCAAGGAGGAUCUCCUUAAGCUCCGCGUCCAAAAAGUUGUAGGUGGAUCUUCGGCAAAGUUGACCAAGAUCAAUGCCGUCAGGAAAUCCAUCGCCCGCGUCUUGACUGUUACCAACCAAAAGACACGACAAAAUCUCCGCGAACUCUACAAAAAGAAGAAAUACUUGCCUCUUGACCUCCGUGUCAAGAAGACUCGCGCUAUUAGGAGGAGGCUGAGCAAGACUGAUGCUGCGCGAAAGACGGAGAAGCAGAGGAAGAAGGAUUUGCACUUCCCCAUCCGCAAGUAUGCCGUCAAGGCAUGA